UGGUUGCUUCGCUCAUACUGCAGAGAUUGCUUCUGUGAAGGUCAUCCGCAAUAAACUUACUGCUCAAUCAGAGGGCUAUGGUUUCAUUGAGUUCAGGAGCCGUGCAGCAGCUGAGUCCAUCUUACAAACAUAUAAUGGAUGUUUGAUGCCAAACACAGACCAAAGUUUCAGGCUGAAUUGGGCAUCCCUUGGAGCCGGCGAGAGGCGGGACAGCACGCUUGAACAUACCAUUUUUGUUGGAGAUUUGGCUGCAGAUGUGAAUGAUUAUUUGCUACAAGAAACAUUUAAAGCCGUGUACUCAUCUGUGAGAGGUGCCAAAGUUGUGACUGAUAAGACCACUGGACGGUCCAAGGGUUACGGAUUUGUCAAAUUUGGGGAUGAGAGCGAACAAGUUCGAGCCCUCACUGAGAUGAAUGGAGUGCUUUGCUCAACUAGGCCCAUGAGAGUUGGUCCUGCUGCUAAUAAACAACCUGUUGGUGUGCAGCAGAAAGUCUCAUAUCAAAACCCUCCUGCAAGUCAAGGCGAGAGUGACCCUAAUAAUACAACAAUAUUUGUUGGUGGAUUGGAUCCCAAUGUUACUGAGGAUCUUUUGAGGCAAGUUUUUUCCCAGUAUGGUGAACUGGUUCACAUUAAAAUAGUUGCUGGAAAGCGUUGUGGAUUUGUUCAAUUUGCUACCAGGGCUUCUGCGGAGCAGGCCCAAUCAAGUUUGCAGGGCACAGUGUUAGGGGAUCAUAGCAUUCGACUUUCAUGGGGACGUAGUCCUUCUAAUAAACAGUCAUCAGAGCAGACAAAAUGGGGCGGUUCCUAUUAUGGAUAUGGGCAAGGGUAUGAAGCUUAUGGAUAUGCUCCUCCUCCACAAGACCCAAAUAUGUUCUAUGGAAGUUACCCUGGAUUUUCAAACUAUCAACAACCCCGCCAGUGAUCUGCUGCUACAUGGUUUAGGCUGGAUUUGACACCACUUCACCAGUUAUGUUGAAGUAUCAAGUUUGGUUUACUGGAUAGCUUUACGCCUUUACAAUUGUGCUGGGCAUGUUACUGUUCUUUUUAUCACCCCACUCCCCCUCUUUUCCAUGUUGAAAUUAAUAACUGCAAGUGUGUACUUGAGCAAUAUGAACAAGUGUUUUUGAAUUCUGCUUGUACCAGUGUUUUUGUGUGUAUUCUACAUUUUAGUGUGUAUAUUCACCUUAUUUGAAUGAUAUAUUAUUAGUUAUAUACUCCGUAUUAUAUA